AUGACCAGAUUGCUAUUAUGCAUCAAGACGGAUGUCGACGACACGCUUGCCAGGGUGAAGAGAAUUGAGACUGCUGUGGCUACACCAGGUGCUCGAAGGUUAUGGAAGGAAGAAGAAAACUCCAAUGACUCCAACAAUGAGCAAACGUUGCAGAUUGCAGUUCCCUUAGGCGUUGGCUUCAUGGGCCAUGAUGGGAACUACAGGGUUGAAGACAGAUCAUUCCAUGAUGAGGAGGUAGCCUUGGCGUUUCUCCGUGAUACUCUUCGAGUCCAAAGAGGCUUUUCGUCCAGCAAUACUGCUGACUUGGCCCUCUCUGUGGUAGAGCGCACUCAAUGUGCACUCGUAGUGAAUGCCAUUCCUGUCCACUCAGGAACAGAUGAGCAGAGACCUGAAAAUGCAGCAAAGUUUCGAUUGAAUGUGUGGCAAGAGAGAGCUCAGCUGAAAUGUGGCUUUGCUGCCACAACCACAAGUGAAGACAAGAAGACUCUUUUUGUUGCAGAAGGGGAGAAAAAGAUUGACACAGGUGUCUACUUUGAGCUCGAGGAUCCCUGUAUUGACUUCUCCUUUGUUGAAGUUGAUGUCUACAGCAAUGAAUUCGAGGAAAGGAAUCCAGUGAUCACGGGGAAAGCAGCUGGCCACAAAUUUGAGAAAGCCAAGGUUUUUGUUUCACCCCAAAAGUGCAUGAAUGGAGGAGAGUCCCUUUGUGUCGCUGACAGUUCUGGCACCAGAAUCUAUGACAUUAGUUUCAGUGCCACUGAAUCCGAAGGUUCUGCCCUUCACGAUAGCUGCCGUGUGGUUGUCUUGGAAAAGGACCAAUACAAUCGUGCGCUCAAGGGACACUUGGCUCCCCACCUUUCAGAGGCAAAACAACAGGAACUUGAGGAUUCUUCAAGUGAAAAAUUCGUUGUCGGGAGCAUCAAGCUCUGUCGCAGCAAGCAUCCAAAGUAA